AUGCCCGUUUUCAGGGCAUUAUGGGACGCUUUUUCUGACAGCUAUAAUUAACGCCGAAAACGUUAAAAAUCACAACUUAUGAAGCCAUAAGGUUUCAAAAGUCUCAUGAUUUCAUAUAAAAUCUUUGGACAAUAUUUUUCGGGCGUUAUUUUAACCAGCCAAUCAGCAUUCAGCACCGGUCCGGUUGCCUAGUGUCAUUACCAAGCGGGAAGUAUGGCGGCGGCAGUAGCUGCAGGAGGAUCAUCCUCGAGGACAGAGGCGCCUAAAUCACCUAUAGACGGUUCAAUAACUAAUUGGUCAGGGCAAGGAUUACAAAAACUGGGACCAACAUUGCCCUGUGAAGAAAAUACACAUACUUUGAUCCUGGAUAAAAACCAGUUAAUUAAAUUGGAGCAUCUGGAGAAAUGCAGGAACUUGAUGCAGUUGUCUGUUGCAAAUAAUCGGCUGGUACGCAUGAUGGGAGUAGCUAAACUCACUCAGCUUCAGGUAUUAAACUUGCCUCACAACAGUAUUGGUUAUGUAGAAGGACUGAAGGAUCUAGUGCACUUGAAGUGGCUGAACCUGGCAGGAAAUAAUUUAAAGAUUAUGGACCAACUCAACAACUGCACAUCUCUUCAACACCUUGAUUUAUCAGACAACAAUAUAUCCCACAUAGGUGAUAUCUCAAAGCUUUCCUCUCUGAAGACUCUUUUGCUGCAUGGAAAUAUCAUAACAUCACUGCGUACAGCUCCUGCUUCUUUACCUCAAGGUCUUGCUAUACUUUCUUUGGCAGAAAAUGAAGUCAGAGACUUAAAUGAGAUUUCUUUCUUGGCUUCUUUCCCUGAGCUGGAGCAGUUGUCAAUUAUGAACAAUCCUUGCGUCAUGGCCACUCCUUCCAUCCCAGGAUUUGACUAUCGGCCAUAUAUUGCUAGUUGGUGUCUUAAUCUUAAAGUUCUUGAUGGCUAUGUGAUUUCUCAGAAAGAAAGUUUGAAAGCGGAGUGGCUUUAUAGUCAAGGAAAGGGAAGAUCUUUUCAUCCAGGCCAACAUGUUUCAUUAGUACAGUACCUUGCUAGUGUUUGUCCUCUUACUACUAUGUUUGGGCUGCAAACUGCAGAGGAUGCCAAACUGGAAAAAAUACUACAUAAACAAAGGUUGCACCAGAGGCAACUGAUGUACCAAAGCCAAGCUGAUGAGCUCCCUGUUUCCUUGUCUCGGAAUAAAGGGGUGCCAGGUACCAGUGAACCAAACAGUCCUGUCCAUGGUCCACAAAUAAGGACUGAACGAGAACCUGUUCUCCAAAAGAAUUCCUGGGUUGGGCCAAGAACUAACAAUGACCAUUCCUACACAAGUACAAAUGUUUUUCCAGCUUCUUCACAAAGUGAAAGGAAUGCUUGUGAGGACCUUUAUUUAGAAGACGUACAAACUGAUGAGGACAAGCUAAACAGUAGCCUUCUGUCCUCAGAAUCUACUUUUAUGCCUGUUGCUUCAGGGCUCUCUCCGAUGUCUCCUACUACUGCAGAAGUGAGGCUUCAUGGAGUCUGUACUGAUACAGAAGGUAUGGGUGAUGCUAACACUGGAUUUACAGAACAGGUUAACAAACAAGAUGAAGACAAACAGGAAGAUACUUCUUCCACUCUUGGAAAGCAUCCCAUCAAAUUACCAGAGAUGGUGGAAACUCAAAGGAAAAGUCAAAAAGAGGGAGGCAUAUUGUCCACUUCCAGUUUGCCAGUGGCCACUGUUACUCAACCGACUGACCCUGGAAGCUUUCAGGCAUCCUCUGAAGAUUGUAUUGAGUGCAGUCAUGCCAAGCAGUCACAUGCCCUUGAAGGGGACAUAAUCAAAACUGCUUGCCUUGCCACGUAUCUCGAAGAAAGAUCUUGCGAUACCUCUGCUCCCUUGUUUCAAAAGAGUGAUGUGCCUGAAGAAAUGAAUAGAGCAGCCACAAAGCUUCAAGCCUCUUGGAGAGGAUAUUACACAAGGAACCACUAUCCCAGAGCCAAAGAGGUGCGCUACGAAAUACGACUCAGCAGACUGCAGGAACAUAUUAUGCAUUUAACUGACGAAGUAGAAAAAUUAAGAAAAGAAAAGGAUGAAGAAAAGCUUCAAAGAAUGGUGCAAGAGGAGGCUGUCAAAUUUCUUUGGGACCAGGUUAGAUCCCUGCAAAAGUGGCAGCUUUCUGUAAACCAGCAUCUAAGUAUUGUUGGGCAUCACGGCAUCCCUACAUCAAGUGCUUUGCGUCCUUCUGAGCUACCUGAGGAGUCAUCUAGACAAAAUCAAGUACUAUCUCCUGUUGCUAGUUCUACCUGGGCUUUUUUGGCUACUGAAGCUCGUCAUCAGAAGUCUUUACCAGAAUUUCCUGAUUCCGGCUUUAAUUCUGGUGUAACUGACCAAAAUUGCCUUAACAGAUCACAGAGAUCUGAAGAAAGUUUGGCAGAAACGAACAAGAGCACGCUGGGGAAUUCUUUGGAAACUGUCAAACAACAUGAAGAUUCUCUUUCAGGCUGCCUUGCAGAUGCAGAAGAGGCCUCACUUAGCCACAGGGAAUGUAGUGAAAAGGGGUCCAACAGUGAGCAGGACAGUAGCCUCCUCCAGCAGUAUUUAAAAUCAGUUGAGCAACUCGAUGAUGCUGAUGAAAAAACAACCUGCAGCAGUGAAAAGGAAAUCUGUGGGCUCCAGACAGCUGUUUCAUUAGAAAACUUGAAUGCCUCAGGCACCCAAGAUGUGUUUGCAUUGGUGCAAGAUGGAGUUGGUCAGACAUCAGAAAGGUGUAAUUUGAAUGCAGAAACGGCAGAAGGAAAACCGGCUGAUUGUGAACUCUUCAUUCCAGGCACUUCUGUUAGCAUAACUGUGUAGCAGGCGUAGACCUACUGAAGCAGCAGAAAAACAAGUUGUUAUUUAUACCAAGUUUGAUUUUUUUUUGCGGGGGAGGGGGGAGUACAUUUUUUCUGGACUGUUCUGGACUUCCAGUUUCCUGCUGU